CCGUAAGAUGUCUUCACUCCUCAAGGUGGACAAUGAAAUUAAAACCAAGGUUGAUGCUUUCAGGGAACGUAUCACGGCAGAAGCAGAGGAUCUAGUUGCAAAUUUUUUCCCAAAGAAGCUGCUGGAACUCGAUCAUUUUCUCAAGGAUCCGAGCAUAAACAUUGCCGAGCUGAAGGACAUUCACUCAGAGAUUAACCUGACGGUGCCGGACCCCAUUUUGCUCUCGAACCUCCACGACGGAUUGGAAGGGCCAAACGCCAAAAAGAGAAAGCUCGAAGAUGAAAGUGGGAAUGACAUGGUGACGGGCACGAAGGUCUUCGUCAUGCCUGGUGGGAUGAUGAAGUGCAACGCAACCCUUGUUGAUCUGAUCGAAAAGGUCAAACCAGAGAUCAGGACCCUCAUAGAGAAAUGUAACACAGUCAAAAUGUGGGUCCAGCUCCUCAUCCCCAGAAUAGAGGACGGCAACAACUUCGGAGUGUCGAUCCAAGAGGAGACGGUAGCGGAACUCCGAACAGUCGAAGGAGAGGCAGCGUCUUAUCUCGACCAGAUAUCAAGAUACUACAUCACAAGGGCAAAGCUGGUUUCAAAAAUAGCCAAAUAUCCACAUGUGGAGGACUACCGGCGCACAGUCACAGAAAUUGACGAGAAGGAGUACAUCAGCCUGAAGAUCAUCGUUUCAGAGCUCCGAAAUCAAUACGUAACGUUACACGACAUGAUACUGAAGAACAUCGAGAAGAUCAAGAGGCCUCGGAGCAGUAACACUGAUGCGCUGUACUGACGUUCGUCCAGCUGUCUCUGCCUUCCUCUACUCCUGCCUGUGGCGCUGCAGCCUGACCCCCACCCCCCCGCAGGUCAACAUCUAGACAUUCACCCACAUCAACACAAUCAACUGAGCCCAGUUUGGAAAUAGCUUCUUAGACAGACGUCUGCUCAUGUUUUGUUGUUUUUAUUGUUUGUUUUUGUUUUUCUCAAGAUGGAGAAAUGAAUCAUAGACAACAUAAAGCGCUAUGUAUUUUUUAAUUUUAAUUAAACAUUUUGUCUUCGGACCUUUGUCACUUUCUUUUUUUGAAGCCCUCAGAUAUUCUGUGCUU